AUGGAUCCAUUAUCAAUUGCAACGACGUCGUGGAAUCUCAGAACACUAUGCUACGAGCUUAUCUCGUUCACGGACAGUAUAGUCCAAGACAAAGUCCCAGACUCAGACAUGACCAUAGUAGGUCUCGGGCAAACUCUCAGAGAGGCGCUUCCAGUCCUUGAUGAGAUCAAUAAUACAUGGAGGUCCCACUCAGCGGCCCUAAUGAUGCACCCGUCUGCCAGUUUCGGGAUGUGGGUUGCAGUUCAGAGCUCGCUAGAACGGGCUAAUAUCACUUUUCAGGUGCUUAAGAUGAAGGUCGAGCCUGUUGUGAAUAGUGGAAAGAAGCGCAGGCUAUUCAAGGUGCAUGCCAAAGCGUGGACGCUGGGACUGCAUGUCAAGUCCAUAGCGACGUUUCGCGGUUGUCUUGGGUCUCAUACGACUGCUCUGAAAGUGGGAAUGCAUAUGAUGAGGAUGUGCAUGACUCUGCAAGGCGGAUCUCCAUACGAUGUUAAGCAGGCGUCUCUCGCAGUCCUUGAUAUUGAGAUCAAGUACUUGGAGGAAGCAACAGAAAAGACCAGGAAAAUUUCGUUUGUUACCACUGAAGAAGACAUUGAGAAGAAUGCCAUGCUAGUCUCCUUCGAAGGCCUGGCAAGAUCCGCAAAGGCGUUCUACUCUUUCAUGGCCUCUACCCCCAUACCAGGCUCUACCACGCAGGUGCAGGCGCAACAAGAAGAAGACAGCCACGAGGCCAUGCCCCCUCCAUCAUACGCACAGGCUAUGCACUCGGACUACGAAGCAGACUCCGACGAUGACUAUCCCGAUCCCUCUCCAUACAACGUCGCUGCCCGCACCGGCAAUUUCGACGAGAUCAAAAGACUCGUCUCGAUCGGUGCUGAUAUCCUCGCUACCGGUGAAUACGGCCAGUCCCCUGCCUCUUCGGCAGCUAACACCGGAAAUACUGAGAUUCUAAAGUAUCUGAUCGAUCACGGCGGAGACUAUACUUCCGGCAAUUCAACCGGCUUUACCCCCCUAAAUGCAGCUGCCAACUUCGACCAGCCGGAGGCUGUGCGUAUGUUACUCCAGCACGGGGCAGAUCCAAACGAGCCGUCAGAAGACGGGCAAACUCCUCUCUACUGUGCGGCGAGGGCCGGAUAUCUCGAAGUUGUCAAGAUUCUUGUUGAUCAUGGCGUUGAUACAUCCGCGGCUCCUGAAAAUCACAAAGCAACUCCCCUCCACAUGGCUGCGUGGUGGAAUCAUGUGGAUAUUGUGAAGUAUUUGUGCAAAGAGGGCUCGGCAGAGGUCAAUACUGCUAACACUAGUGGUUUGACACCACUUACAUCUGCUUCUGACGAGGGCUAUUCCGAGGUGGUGAAGGUUCUGCUGGAAUACGGUGCUGAUAUCAACACUCCCACGGAUCUGGGGGUAACCGCCCUAUACUACGCUGCUAAAAACGGCCAUACAGAGACGGUAAAGCUCCUUCUUGAACACGAUCCAGAGCUUAAUCCGACUUCGACUGAGAAUAAAUUCACUCCACUCAAUGCAGCUGCUAAUAAUGGCCACCUUGAAGUCGUCAAGGCGCUUCUUGAAAAGGGCGCAGACGCGACGAUCCGAACAAAGUCUGGACAAGCACCCUUAAACACCGCUGCUGCCGAGGGUUUCGUGGAUAUUGCCAUGGCUCUGCUCAAGCACGGCGUGGAUAGGACUACCCGGGACGGCACUGGCCAAACACCGCUAUAUACAGCAGCAGUGGAGGGGCACACUGCGGUUGUGGAAUUGCUCCUUGAGGCGAGAGCCGAUCCCAACGUGCAGAAUGAGAACAAGUGGACACCAUUGCAUGCAGCAGCCAGGAACGGGCAUCUCGAGGCAGUGAAGCAUCUUCUCGCCUGUGGAGCGAGUAUAACCUCGCGCAACUCAACUGGGCGGACGCCGCUGAUCUCAGCCUCUGAGUUCGGUCAUCUCGAAAUAGUCAAGCUGUUACUGAGACGAGGCUCCCAGAUCAGCCUUCGCACCGAUGAUGGGUGGUAUGCCUUAACUUGGGCCGCCUCAAACGGACAUACUGCGGUUAUCGAGCUUCUGCUGCAAGAUGGCGCAGACAUCGAAACCCGAAACCAGGAUGGAUGGGGAUGGACAGCACUAGGAGUCGCCACAAGACAGGGAUAUCCAGACACAGUCAAGGCUCUAAUCCGCCGCGGCGCAAACGUCAAGGCUGUGAACGACAAGGGGUGGACCGCACUCCACGGUGCGGCGGAGAAGAAUCAGCUCCAGAUAGCCACGGCGCUGCUGGAAAACGGGGCUGAGAUUUCAGCCAGGACGAACGCCCAGUGGACUCCGUUGGCUGUAGCAGCCAACCACGGCAAUACCAGCAUGGUGCAGUUCCUGCUUUCGUGGGGGGCUGACCACAGGAUGGCGCCGGAUGGUGGCUGGAUGCCCUUGCAUUUCGCCAGCGAUGAGAACCGUGUGGAGAUGGCUCAGGGGCUGCUGCGAGCUGGGGCGGAUGUGAAGGCUAAGAAUAAAGACGGACGCACUCCGCUUGACCUUGCGAGGUUGAAGGGCCAUAGAGACAUGGAGCAGCUUCUCAUGCAGCAGGGGAUGCAGCGGUUGAGGAUUCAUUCUUAG